GAGCCGAUCCUGUGAGACAGUAAGGAACAGAGGAAAGAGGAACUGACCUUUUACCCAAACCUUCUCUACCUGUGAAUGACUUUCUGAGCAACACGUCAGCAAAGCUCUGCGGUUUUUCUAUCGGAUUACAAAACCAGGAUUUCUCUCUCAACACAAGUUUCAUCAUGAAGCUAUUCCUGUUGACUGUGGCACUGCUGCUCCUGGUGGUUGGAGCAAGCACUGCAGACAGGAUCCUGUCUAGAAGGACCAAGAGGGAACUUGCCAAUCCGCUCCAUGUUGGUGGCAUCAGGGACCCAUUUGGCUCCUACUGCCAGAGGAGAGGAGGGUGCUGCCCUGGCAGAGACGACCUCUGCACGGUUCCCUACCUGGACACCAUCUGCUACUGUGACCUGUUCUGCAACCGCACCAUCUCUGAUUGCUGCCCUGACUUCUGGGGUCAUUGUCUAGGCGUGCAGCCACCUUUCAUUGGCACCUGUGAAAGAAAUGGGAACAAGUUCUUUACAGGGCAAACAUAUAAAGAGAACUGCAAUUUAUGUACAUGUGGGACCACAGGACGCUGGGAGUGUGAGCAGAACGCCUGUCUGAUGGAGCCUGACAUUAUCCACGCCGUCAACAGAGGAAACUAUGGGUGGAAGGCAGCAAACUACAGUCAGCUCUACGGCAUGACUCUAGACGAGGGCAUCCGGUUUCGCCUGGGCACACAGAGACCCUCUAAGACUAUUAUGAACAUGAAUGAGAUCCAGAUGAACAUGGAUCCUCAGAGUGACCGCCUGCCGCUCUACUUCAACUCAGCAGAGAAGUGGCCAGGAAAGAUCCAUGAACCACUGGACCAGGGCAACUGUGCUGCAUCCUGGGCUUUCUCAACUGCAGCUGUGGCAUCAGACAGAAUCUCCAUCCAGUCAAUGGGUCACAUGACUCCUCAGCUGUCGCCUCAAAAUCUUAUUUCCUGUGACACGCGCAACCAGGGAGGCUGUGCCGGGGGACGCAUCGAUGGAGCCUGGUGGUACCUCCGGCGUAGAGGGGUGGUGACAGAAGAUUGUUAUCCAUACCAACUCCCACAGCAAACACCAGCGGAGGUGAGUCGCUGUAUGAUGCAGAGUCGCUCGAUUGGCCGGGGGAAGAGGCAGGCCACACAGCACUGCCCCAACACACACAACUACCAGAACGACAUCUACCAGUCCACGCCGCCCUACAGGCUCUCAUCCAACGAAAAGGAGAUCAUGAAGGAGAUAAUGGAUAAUGGCCCUGUGCAAGCUAUUAUGGAGGUCCACGAGGACUUCUUUGUCUAUAAGAGUGGGAUCUACAAACACACUGACGUCAGCUUCACCAAACCGCCACAAUACCGCAAGCAUGGCACACACUCCAUCAGGAUCACUGGGUGGGGAGAGGAGAGAAACUUUGAUGGGACAUCAAGAAAAUAUUGGAUUGCUGCCAACUCCUGGGGAAAGAACUGGGGAGAGAACGGCUACUUCCGUAUCGCUCGCGGGGACAACGAGUGCGAGAUUGAAACAUUUGUGAUUGGUGUGUGGGGCAGGAUCACAAUGGAGGACAUGCACAACCAUCAUCACCACCAUCGUCGCAGACACAUAUAAAGACACAAGAGAUGUUCAAACCCCAACUGAGACCUUUGUUUUUAAUCCCACCUAUAGCUAGGUUUUUACCCCAGAGGAGAACCACACCAAGAGUCUCAGAACUUCAGCACCCCUUACCCAUCAAGCUGGCAGGGACAGCCACAAAAUCAACCCCAGAGACCCUGAACCCUCUCUUUUUAUACCUUACUCUGAGGAUCAAUACAACCCCUCUUCUUCUCUAUCUUUUCUCUUUUUUAAGAGAACAGCCCUCCCUUCUCUCCCUGUAACUCAAGGUUUAUGGCACCAAAAAAAAAAGAUGAAAAACUCAACUAAGCUAAAGCUCUUUUUACGUUGCCUUGCAAUUAGGCGCCUCAGGUACCUACUGAUCCAAAGCCCACACUUCUCAGAAUCCUCAGCGUAAUAUCUGGUGAAACAUGUUCAUGUCAAAGUUGGGUGAUGACAGAAGGAGAAGCUCAAUCUGAUAUCUUCAUUCUUCUUUGUUCUUCUUUGUCAACCUGAACCUUUAGUCAUUUCUAGUGCUAAAUCUAUAAUCCAGACAGAUGCAUUUUCAGAGGGACAGCGUGGAAAAGAGGAAAUCUGAGCGCCAGAUUAUCAGACAUCAGACCCUUUCAGAGAGACACGCCCAGCCGAACUGUGUAACAUGAUCAUAUAUCAUAGAUGACCUUAUUGACAUUUACCUGUCAGCUAUACAAACGCACAGUCAGCUCAUUCCUUCAGUGUUAGAGAGGACACAUGCAUGGAGGGCGUAGCUACAGGCGGUAGUUUCUCACACAUUCCAAUAAAAACGUAGAAUCUGACACUGGAAACAGUAGGAUAUUUAAUGUGGGGUAAAGGAUUACGAAUAUAUAAGAUUAUACAUGUGUCAUUUGUGAAAUAAAAAAUUUUCAGUCACACUAGAGGAAAAAGUCAUUAUGAACAAUGAUAAACUUUUAAUUAAAAGCCAUGGUGCUGUUCUUGACCCGACCAUCUCAUAUGAAAAAUAAAACACUGCUGCGUUAAAAGGUAAAAAAGAUUGCAUUGCCCUAAAGAAACAGAGUUGUUUUGACCACUCCAAAAGAAAGUGUUUGUGUAUAAUAGUCUUAAUUUUCUCUGUUCUGUGUGCACUGUUACAAUUUCAGCUACAGAUGUCAUUUUUGCCCGUUGCAGUUAUGUUCUGAAGUUUCAUUUUACUACUUGUUUAAAGAUGUACUGUAUUUAGUAACGUUGAUAACACACUCAUGACUCAGUCGCUUUUCUGCUUGUGCUUGUUUGACCACAGCCAGGAGGAUGAGGGGGGGAUACUGCUGCUGAAGUCUGGUCUGUGCUACAGUAUUUGACAGCAGAGUCUUUAGUUUGAUGCAUAUCUUAUGUAAUCAACAUGUAAAGCCGCUUCUAACUAACGCCAAAACACCGGUUCAAGUCACACAGGCUGCAGAUGAGCUGUUUUACGUUAUGUUCUCAUAUUUUAUUUCACAUUUUUAUUGUUUUCUGCUGGAAAACUUAACAUCUUAUCAGCGAUGUGCCUAUCUUUGCUACAGUACCACAGUGCUUUAUGCUGUCUUUAUUUCCACUGGCUGAUUGAGGGAUUUUCAGAUGUUUUUUGAGCACAGCCUCACUUGAAAAGGAAAGCACGGUGUAUUAUUACCACUUACCUUAAAUUACAUCCUGGUGUGCUUCAGCUGUAACUUCAAAGGGCUUUUCAGUAUCUAUAUCAUCCUGUCUUGUGAUCUUUAAGUUCCCUCUAUCAUGUCCUUUAGGCAUGGAUAGGCAGAUAGGCCAAUAAGCAAAAUGUCUGGAUAGGCAAUGUGCAAUGUGGUGGAGGGCCUGUAGAUAGAUAAGCAAUUAUUGCAUAUUUCUCAUACAAUCUACCGAAUAUUUGCUUUCAUUCUGAAGUGAGUGAGGGUAGGGAAAGAUGAAGAGCAGCCUGUCAACAUGAGAUGCACAACAGGUUUACAAUAAAUGUCACCAAAGACAAUGUGAAGAGUUUCAAUCUUCUAUCAGAAGAAAGAAAGAGAUUCGUCUUUAUAUUUUUUCAUCUAUGGGCAUGUUGCUAUAGCUCCUUUACAAGAGAGACAAAGAUCAAUGGACAAAACUUCCGUUGCUAGAUUGGUUUAUGCUACUGUGUUGCAGUCUUCACUGAAAGUGCACAGAUGUAUGCAUAUUUUGAAGUUUGGAAGCCUUAAAUUUUAAUUUACACAAGAUAAUUCAUAACCUCCCUGCAAGAGAAAAAAAAGACAAGUGACUUUUUCUAUGCAGGAAAGUACUGAUAUCUGACCAAAACUGGGAUCGUUUUGUUUCCACCGAGUAGAGACAACUUAUUGUCAAUGUUGUUUAUUUUGUUUACACUAUGUUGGAUUAAUGGCCAUUCAGGUUCUUAGUAAGCUUGAACCUAAAUGUUAAAUAUGAAACAGAAUAUAAAGAAAAGAGGCGUGAAAAAAUCCACUUAUUGCUUUCUAAAGGAAAUGCUCACGAGAAACACAUGCCAAGAUAAUUAUUAUUUUUACAUAAAGGUUCAGAUGGGACCAACUACGACUAUAUUACUAAAGAUUCUCUGCAAAAUCCAAAUGUAUUUAAUAGAAACUGAUCUCACUUUCAGCAACGGUUUUCUCCAACUACACAGUCUCUUAUCCAAACCUCCCCACCCCAGGAGCUGCAGCAGGCAUCCACUCAGAAGAUGUGUAUUUUAUGUAAAAUGAACCACUCCAUAUUCACUGAGGUUUAGACUUUAUUUAUGACAAGAUGUGUAAAUUAUAUACUUUUAUUCUUUAUUUUUCUGUGCAAUGUUUUAUUACCUUUCUGUCUCUUGUAUUGUGUGCACUAACUUGCAAUACCACAUUAGUGUUCACUUGUGCGUCACAAUAAAGUCUUUCCAAAGCCA